CCCCCCUCCCCCCUGAACCUCUUGGCCUCCAGCUUAGUGGAUACUUUAGGUAGGUAACCUACCUAAUCACCAAUGCCUAAGAUUUCCAACUGAUUAUUCGGGUAGUGAGCUGAAUAGAUGCAUUCUACCCGUGGCGGAUUGCUCACUAUCCCUUGUUAGUUCACAAAUCAGGCAUCGUUAUUUGUGCAUGUUCAAAACUAGGCUGCUGUUGGCUUGAUACCUAUGUAAUAUGUAUUUGCUCCCUCUUUUUUUUUCUUCCGUAGAACCUUUCCUUAUAAUCUAUUCUUCCUGAUUCUACCUUGGUUGUGUUAGGUUAGUGUCAGUGAGGUCAUCGGUCAACCCCCUGUGCUUUAGGGGUAGGUUGAACCUACUAGGUUCAACUGUAAGUACAAUACAUACAAGGAUCAUUAAUCGAUAACAACCCGACAGCCUCUCCAGCGGUCUCCAGCGUGGGGAGGGGUACAUACGGUAUACUGUACAUACUUUAUACUUACAGGCAAAGACUUACAGGCAAAGGCAGCGUUACCCUUCAGUUGCGACCCUUCCGGCCCUUUGUCGAUAUUGUUCGACAACCUUACCUGCAACAUUCAUUGCGGGCAAGCUUCUUUAAGGUUAUAUUUCCCCCCCUCUCCCUUAUUAGGCGCAUUCGAUAUAAAGAGAAAUGCACGCGGGAAAGAUCGCGUCGGGUCUGACCCGUCGUCGCCGGACGCAGUCGAAUGCUAGUAGUAGGUCGUCCGGGGAUGGCGUCGAUGACGAUGACACCUCCAUUAUAGAGCCCGAGCAGGGCAACGUCUUAACACAUAUUAUCUCGCAACUGCGGCCUGGCGCUGAUCUGAGCCGAGUUGUUCUGCCUACGUUUAUUCUCGAACCCCGAAGUAUGUUAGAACGGAUCACCAACUUCAUGUGCCACCCGGAAAUGCUCCUCCCUAUCCCUCAUAUCGAAGAUCCGGUCGAACGUUUUGUCUCUGUCGUCAAAUUUUAUCUUAGCGGAUGGCAUAUCAGACCACCGGGAGUCAAAAAGCCUCUCAACCCGAUCCUCGGCGAAGUCUUCUCGUGCUAUUGGGACCUGCCUGACAAUACCCGCGCCUACUACAUCUCGGAGCAGACGUCGCAUCACCCCCCUAAGUCGAGCUAUUUUUACAUGGCCCCCGAGCACCACAUCCGCAUCGACGGUACUUUAAAACCUAGGAGCAAGUUCCUAGGCAAUUCAGCCGCAAGUCUUAUGGAGGGAAUCGCCGUGCUUACCCUAAUGAAUAGGGGUAAAAAUCCUAAGCAAGGGGAAAGAUACUGGUUAACACAACCUAAUAUGUACGCGAGAGGAAUCCUGUUUGGGAACAUGAAAUACGAACUAGGCGACCACAGUGUAGUGCGGUGUCCCGAGUUAGGCCUCACAGCUGACGUCGACUUUAAAACGAAGGGAUGGGUCAGCGGUACGUACAAUGCGAUUGGCGGCACGAUAAAGGACGAGAAGACCGGACAAGUGCUCUUCGAGCUGUCUGGUUUAUGGAGUGAAGAGAUGUUUGUCAAAGAUGUUAGGAACGGGCAUAAGGAUAUGUUCUUCGACGCCCGAAAAGUUAAACCUUCGAAACCGCGCGUUCGACCGCUUGAGGAACAGGACGAGCGAGAGUCGCAAAAAUUAUGGUACAAAACAGCACAAGCAGUAAGGGACAGGAAUCACGAGUUGGCGACGGACGAAAAGACCAAAGUCGAAGACCAGCAGAGAGAGGAAGCAGCGAAGAGAGCCGCUGCAGGCGUAGAGUGGCAUCCGCGGCUGUUCCGAAGGGUAGACAAAGACUACGGCGGCACGGGCGAGGACAUGGAUCACUUAGAAUGGAUUAUCAACGCUCAUAUCGAUGCCACGACACCUGAGAAACAAGCCGAGCAGAUCAUGUCGAUAUACCCGGUCAUACCCGGACAAAGGUCCUGUGACUGGAAUAUAAUCCCGCCGGGCGGACAUCCACACCCGUAUCCUCAAGCGGCCGAGAAACAGGCACAGAUCCCGGCUCCUCAAGGCGAGACGCAGGAUCUAAUCGACUUCGGCCAGAACGAUACUAAUACGCAAGCCCAGACAAUGCAUAAUGCUCCCGCGUCACCGCCGCUCACCAAGACGGCUAGUCAAGAAAUCGCCGCGAUGCUGCAGUCGACGGGUCAAAAGGCGGAGAACGGCCCGCUGCUCGAUUUCACAAGCGAUUUGAAGAACAACCUGCCGCCGGCCAAGGGUAACUUGAGGAAGGAGGAUUCCACAGAUAGUAAUAAUACGUUCUUCGAUGCCGAGGGGUGAUUGGUCGAUUGUAUCAGUACAGCACAUAUAGUUCAGGGGGAAGUCGAGGAAAACACCAAUGCUGUGCCCUCGCGAUUACCCGUUGCUUUGGGGCUCCCUGCUUUGCUUCGCCUGGAUUGAGCUGUUUUUGGCUGCGGGGUAGAGGGUUCAUGAAGUUGAGUUGCAUAAUUAUUGAGCAAUUGGCUGUUUUGGCUGCUGGGUGGUUAUUGGGUUGGUGGUGCAUGAGCAUGCUGCAUGUAGGUAUCUUGCUUUCUGGCAAUAGGGGCAGGGUAGGGCAAACCACUAGGUUUAGAGCCGGUAGACCAGAUAUAGUACGAGGAAAAGGAAAAGGAGACCCUGUUUAAUGAAGUUGAUAAGCUACGUGGGCUUUACGUGCGGAAUAUCGUGACUUCUAUCAUGACAAUAGGAUUCAAGUGAACA